AUGAAACUCUUCUGUUUAUUAAUAUCUUUUUUCUUCGUGGAUGUUUUGUCAGAAAAUGCUGAUGAAUUUGAAUAUAAGGUUUUAGUUUAUCAAACAACUCAAAUGUUCAGAAGGGCUUAUUUUCUAAAUAAUAUAACUGUAGGACAUACAUCUGGAAUAAAUGGAUUGGAGUAUGUAAUUGAGAGAAUGGUUAAUGAUAUCAAUAAUGUCCUGGGCUUCCAGGAUUUCUGCAAAAUAAAUUUAUUGAUCGCUGUACCGGACCAAAAAGAAAUUAUCUCGAGUAUACGGGAAAUUCCAUUUUAUGACCCAUUGCAAAAGGUAUCUGAGCAGCAUGUAGAUAAUCCAGCCUCUUUAUUACCCAAGUGUCGUUUGCUAGGGUUGUACAUGAGUACACAAUUUCCACACUAUUACAUAAAAGAAGUUCAAGUUAAUCCAACUGACCUUACAUGCAUCUUAACGAAUUCAAUAGAUACCAAAAGGAGGUACAGAAAAAUUGAUAACGUAUGGUCCGAAAUAAGCCUAGAUAACCUUAACCAAUCACUACAAACAGUCGAACAACAGUUACGAAUUGGACGUCCACUAGUUGCACCUACAUCUUAA